CGCUUGUUGCCAUCUUCCGGGGCGCGUCCAGUGAGGGCGGCGCAAAAUGGCGGCGGCGCAAGGGAAAGGAAGCGGCGGCGGGAGCAGCGGCAGCAGUAGCCCCGGCGGCGAGGGGCCCGGGCCCGGAGGAGGCGUGAACGUCUUCGCCAACGACGGCUCCUUCCUCGAGCUCUUCAAGCGGCGGAUGGAAGCGGCGUCGUCGGGGAGCGGGAGGAGCGGAGCCGAGGCCGAGAAGGCGAAGGAAGCGGAGCCUCCCGAGGAGCAGGAGCCGCCGGGGAAGAAGCGGAUCGGGAGCGCCCUCAGCUUCGUGGGCAAGCGGAGAGGGGGCAGCAAGCUAGCCCUGAAGACAGGAGUGGUAGCCAAGAAACAAAAGACAGAGGAUGAGGUUUUGACAAGUAAAGGAGAUGCAUGGGCCAAGUAUAUGGCUGAAGUGAAAAAAUAUAAAGCCCACCAGUGCAGUGAUGAUGAUAAAACUCGCCCUUUGGUGAAAUAACUUUCAUCUCCAACCUGGACUGUUUCUGAUGUACAUAAUUAUUUAAAACAUCAAAGGAGAAUAGCUCUGCCCCACUGACUGAAUGCUGCCAUGGCAGCAAAUGACUUGCCAUACUUUUAUAUUUGGGAAUUUAGAGCCUCCUUCACUGGUUCAUUUGUUGUUUGCCUCUUCUUUCUUCUGAGAACUAAGAACUUUGACUUAGUUACAAGAUUUUUUUUUAAUUUGUAACCCCCAAAUAGUGGAAUUGGCCUGACAUGUCUCCCUCAAUCACCAGGCAAUGUGUCUUGCUGGCAAAUUUUUUAGCAUUGAGCCUUUGCUUUACACCCCUGAAGAUUCCGCCUUGGAUAAGCUAGGAGCCUGCAUCUUUGGAAAUACAUUAUCAGUUGAUGUUUGAAGGAGAAUUUAAAAUGCUCACAACUAGCCAAUCCACACUGCAGGCAGUAGUAACCCCAGAGCACUUUGUUAUAAUUAUCUGUCCAUGAUGAAAGAUAAGCGGUGCUGGGCUUGUUGGUACGCUUAGUAUCUUGCAGUUCCGUGACUGCAUUUUUGCCCUUGCUCUUUUGUUCUUGCCCUGUUUUACUAUAUAUUGCAGUGGGCUAUGUGGUUUUGUCAUUAAUUGCAGUUGCUGCUGCUUAAGCUUGUUUCUGGCCUCCUGCUAUGCAUGCUCUAAUCUCAAAGUGGAGAUGAUUUUGCCAACCUGCUAGCUAAGAAAGGAGAAGCUUGGUCUGCACCAAAACAAGUGCUAUGUAUUGGAGAGACUGACAAAAAUUACUACAAACAUGCCCUGGGGUGAAUAGAACUCCAGAUAAGAACACAAAACACUUAGAAUACACUAAGAACAUAAAAAGGGAGUGGGUGCAU